AGGAAUGACAAAGUUGUGAACUGCUUAUACCAGAAUCGUAAUUCACCUUUUAGGUUAGUUUGCUUUCCCUGGGCAGGAGGUGGCUCCAAUUAUUUUGCCAAAUGGGGCCAAGAUAUUCCUAAUUCAAUGGAAGGGCAUGCCAUAAGGCUUGCUGGGAGAGAAAGUCGGCUUGAAGAUCCUUUUCCAAGUGACAUCUACCAGAUGGCUGAUGAAAUUGCCUGUGCUCUGCUGCCGGUCCUUCAGCGUGAAAAUUUUGCAUUUUUUGGCCACAGUAUCGGAUCUUAUGUUACUUUUAUGACUGUGCUACAUCUAAAAGAAAAAUAUAAGCUAGAACCGGUGCAUUUAUUUGUGUCAGGUAUAAGUGCUCCUCAUGUAAGUAAUUUUCAUCUGUCAGAAGAACAAAUUACCUGUCUCCUAAAGGAUCUGGUAGGCAUCCCUGCGGAUUUUGUUGAUGACAAGGCAUUUUUACAACAAUUUCCCAAACUGGUGACAGAUAGUUGCAUUGUUAGUAAUUACAUCUUUGAUACACCCUCUGAGGCUGUUCUUUCUUGUGAGUUAACAUGACUCACAUGCUUUACUGGAUCUGAAGAUAUACCAGCAGAUUUGGAAGCCUGGGAAGAUGUAACCAGUGGAAGUUUUGAUAUUCGUGUGCUUCCAGGACGCCACUUUUAUCUUUUGGAACCUUCCAACGAGAUCUUCAUCAAGAAUUACAUAACCAAGUCUCUAGAAGUAUCAAUGCUUCACUGUUCUUGGAUAUUUUCCCUCUAGGUCUUAAAAUAAUCCAAGUGAUUAUCUGAUAAUCCUCUUCAGUUUUCAGAGUAGCUUAUAAGUUUGAUUCAGAGAUUGGAAAGUGAUACAUUUGCUACUGUCAGGGUGACUUGUUAUCUACAAAUGUAUUUCCCCACAGAGCAUUUAAGCAUCUGGGGGAUGAAAGACAAACCAGUCGAGAAUACUUCUGAGAGGGUCUUUCUUCUUCAUGUUAGAGUCUCAUUUGAGUCUCAUCUGUGGAAGGUUUGUCAAUGAAGUUCCUGCUUGGUCGAUGAUCCAUUUCUUCCCCUCAGUUAUUUUGACAGUGAAAAUGAUAGACAGGGGAAGUGCUUGAAAUGAAAUGAUUGUUUCAUUAACACACUGUGGCUCAAAGCCUGAUCUCAUCUUUUGAAAUAUAGGGUCGUCCCAUUCAAUGAGGAAAAGCAGCCUACUGCUUUGUUAAAAUAAGACAGUCCCGACUAAUCAUUGCUGCCUGUCCUGGCAAGUCCUCGGAAUGCCCAUAGCCCUGGUUCUCGUCUAAGGGGUUCCUCCGACCUGGACUGCCUGUUGUCUCUGUGUGGCCCCGCUGCUGCUCUGGCGGUGACCGACGGGGACCCAGGGCGAGCCUACCACGGACAGCCCUGGGCGUACAGAGGGUCAAGCACACCCAACAGGCUGCCUCAGAUGUAGGGAGAAAGCGCAACAGUUGAAAACAGACAGGAAUAAAAAGGGAAAUAGGGAAAACUAUCUGAGACGGAGCAAUAGCAGAACACUACAGAUAGGAUUCACAGGGAAUGAAGAGGCACCAUAUACCCGGAGCUGCGUGGAUCCUGCGAUCUCUAGCAAUUCCCAAACUGUGUUUGUCUCUUGGAAUCCCGGCUGUUCAAUCGGUAUCUUGAUUUGUUAUCUCCCACUGAUCUUCACAAUAAACCCCCCUACUUCAUGCAA